AUGGCCGCCGUCCGCGUCUCCCGAGAUCCAAUGAGCCCGCUCAAGGCCGUCGUUUGUAAGACAUCCAGAGCUCUAGCAGUGGCCGAGGCUGGCACGUCCUCGGAAAUCAAAAUCGAGAACCACGCGGGCUUCAUCCGCGUUCCUGUCGGCAUAGCAGGGCCACUCAAGAUCGCUGGAAGCGAGGGCACAAACGGCGAUUUCUUCGCGCCUCUCGCCACCGUCGAGCCAACACUCGUUGCGUCGUGCUCGCGCGGCAGCAAAGCCUUCACCGCCAGCGGGGGUCUUGAAUUCAAAGUGCUCAGCGAGGGCAUGAGCCGGGCGCCUGUGUUCUUCUUCAGCACGCCUGCAGAGGCGCUUGGGUUCGCGGGCCGGGUGCCAGCUCUGCGCGACGAGUUUGCGAGGGCCGCAGAGGCGACGAGUCGCUUUGCACGGCUGCAGACGCUGACGCCGCAUGUUGUGGGCGCGAAUGUGCAUCUCUGCUUCUCGUACGCCACGGGGGAUGCGGCGGGGCAGAACAUGGUUACCAUUGCGACGCAGGCGGCGUGCGAUGACUUCCUCGCGAGCGAUGCAGCGCAAGAGCUGGGUGUCAGGGACUUCGUCAUCGAAGGCGAUAUGGCGAGCGACAAGAAAGGCUCCUGGCGCAACGCUAUGGAGCCGCGCGGUGUGCAAGUCCUCGCGUGGGGGAACAUCACCCAUGAAGUGUGUGUGCGGGUGCUGAAGUGCAGUACCGAGCGUCUGUACACCGUUCUGAUGCUGAUGAAGGAAGGGCAGGCUCGCAACGGGGGGUUUGGAGGUAACGUGAACACCGCCAACGUUGUGGCCGCCAUGUUCAUAGCGUGCGGUCAAGACGCAGGGAGUGUUGCGGAAAGCGCUUGGACGCACCUCACCACCACAUAUGAUGCGGAUUCGAAGAAGCUCAAUCUCAGUCUGUUUUUCCCAAGCUUACCUGUGGGCACGGUCGGUGGAGGGACCAUGUAUCCGUCUCAGAAGGUGAGUCUAGAGCUGCUGAGGUGUCAGGAUCCAGGGUCAAAGAGGCGGCUCGCGGGGCUGGUGGCAUGCUUCUGUAUGGCUUUGGAUGUCAGUACCGCGGCAGCGAUCGCAAGUGGAGGGUUUACGGAUGCUCACAAGAAACUUGCGAGGGACAGGUUGGACAAGAGUAAGCUGUAG